AUGAAAAUUGCUCGUUAUUUUUUCAAACAAAUAUUUAACUAUUUUUUUAAACUGGCAAAUUUUAAUUUCAUUAUAUUCAAUCCUCAAAUGAUUGAAUUAUUAUUUGAUGAAAACAAAACUAAAAUAUCUUUACAAAUUCAUUCUCAAAAAGCUGCCUUACACAUUAACAAUAAUCAUACAGAAUUGUUUUUACAAUUUGCAUUGAAGCAUUUGAUUUCUAAGCAAUUUAAUAUUUAUUUUCGAGAAUUAAACGGUAUAGACCAACAUUUGGAUAUUUUAUUUAAAAUUGUGACAACUCGAGGAAAGAAAUUUGUCUAUGUUAAUUAUUUAUUUAGUUACUUUUCAAGGCUUUACUACAAUCGUCUUAUUCAGCAUAUAGAAACAUCAAAAAAUAUUUCAAAAAUUGUGCAAUUAAUUAAAUUCGGCGGCGUUCGUGGACCUCUUACUUUAAGUGAACAAGCAGAAAAUAUUGAAAUCAAAGUUAAAAGCAACAACUUAAACUCAACAAAAUAUCAGCUUUCCAAUAAAUACAAUCCAGAAAUGAAGUUUUCUGUUUUUAUUGACGAGGUCUAUCGUUUUGAUGAAAACAUAGCAAUUUAUAAUGUUAAAAUUGAAAGAAAUAUGUAA